GCCGCACUAGUUGUUGAGACAAUGACUAUGGAACUUGUAAUGCAGGUGAGCGAUAUGUUCAUAUUAAGCGUCCACAUAAAACACUUAUGUAACUCAAGGCGUUCUUCCUCCAUCGAAUAUGGAAAUUCUCACACUCGUGGCCUCCUGUCGUAUUUGGGGCGUUGUUAGCACUUGGUUCCGAUGCUUCCGGAUAUUACGACUCAAAGGAAAUUUACGACAUAGCGAAUAUUGCCCAGUAUGAGGUUUUGCCAAGGACAGAGUUCCUUCUCGGAUUUUCUCUGAGGCUGGCCUGUGAUAUGUGGCUAUCAAUAGUCACAGUGUACUACCUUUGGUCCAUGCGUAAAUCUGCGAACUUUCCUAGCGCUCGUAAUACAAUUGGUAGAUUUAUGCUUUUGACUAUCGAAACCGGCAUGUGUACAGGCUUUCUCGCUGGUCUCGUUCUCAUAUUCUAUCUGGCUCAAAGAAACACCUACGUCUGGAUCGGUUUAUUCAUCAUCCUCGCAUCUUUGGAAGGAAAUGCUGUGUUGGCCGCGCUGAACGGACGUUGGAUUCUCAUGAGCAUGAGGCAAAAUAAGGUGUAUCACAUUGGAACUGGAAGGCAGGGGACUGAGAGAGCUGUUGACCCAAUUAGACAAAUCUCUCUCGCCGAGUUCAAGAGUGCCAUAGAUGAUUCAGGGGCCUCGCAAACCCAGUUUGCUUAA